CAAAUAUAAUUGCUCUAGCAACAAGUAGCUAGCUAAUAUUAAGUGGCUAAUAAACCUCUCCCACUCCCAGCAUCAUCAGCCGGCAGCCAGCCAUGGCCGCCGCCGCCCUCACCCUCCUUGUCAUCCUCGUCUCCAUCAUCAUCACAACCCUCAUCAACAAGAAACGCGCCGCCCCCGCCGCCGCCAUGCACCCGCCACCGCCUCCAAGCCCGCCAUUGCGGUCAGUGAUCGCCAACCUCCCGAAAAUAAUAUUCCACAGCAAGCCCAUGUUCCGGUGGGUCCACGACGUGAUGAAGGAGAUGAACACCGACAUCUGCCUCAUCCGCCUCCCCGGCGGCGGCGCCGCCAACAACAUAAUCCCCGUCCUCGACCCUGCCAUCGCCAGGGAGAUGCUGAGGAAGCAAGACGCCGUCUUCGCCGACCGCCCCAUUUCCUUCGGCAGCCACGCCGUCAGCGGCGGCUACGUCACCACCGCCGCCGUCCCCUACAACGACCAGUGGCGCAAAAUGCGGAAGGUGCUGGCCUCCGAGAUCGUCUCUCCGGCCAGGCACGUGUGGCUGCAAGAAAAGCGGGACGAGGAGGCCGACAACCUCGUCUUCUACGUCCACAACCGUUGCAUGGCCGGGAAGUGCGUCAACCUCAGGAUCGCCACGCGGCAUUACUGCGGCAACGUGAUGAGGAAGAUCAUGUUCGGACGACGGUUUUUCGGCAAUGCCACGGCGGAUGGAGGACCGGGGCCGAUGGAAGUGUUGCAUGUGGAUGCGGUGUUUGCAGCAUUGGACUACUUGUAUUGGUCGUGCUUAUCGGAUUACUUCCCCUGUUUGCGGGGUUGGGACGUCGACGGGAAGGAGAAGGUCAUUAAAGAGGCGGAUGAGACCAUCAAACGUUAUCAAAACCCUAUUAUUGAAGAGAGGAUCCGGCAGUGGAGGAGUGGAGAGAGGAAGGAGAUGGAGGAUUUGGUUGAUGUUUUUAUCACUCUCAAGGAUGAUCACGGGGAACCCUUGCUCACUCCUCAUGAAAUCAAGAAUCAAGCCACGGAACUGAUGAUGGCAGCAAUAGACAACCCAUCGAAUGCGGUGGAGUGGGCAAUGGCAGAGCUGAUUAACCAACCAGAUCUCAUGGCAAAGGCGACGAAUGAAAUCGAUAAGGUUGUGGGAAAAGACAAGCGACUGGUCCAAGAGUCAGACAUCGGGAGGCUAAAUUAUGUAAAGGCAUGUGCCAGAGAGGCGUUCCGACUCCACCCUUUGGCACCCUUUAAUGCCCCACAUGUAGCCACCCAAGACACCAUCGUGGGUGGCUACUUUAUCCCAAAGGGCAGUCACGCCCUCCUUAGCCGCUACGGUCUCGGUCGCAACCCCAAGGUAUGGGUCGACCCGCUCAAAUUCGACCCAGAACGACACCUUAGAGAUAGCAGUGACGCUGAGGUGGCCCUUACAGAGCACGAUCUUAGGUUCAUAUCGUUUAGCACUGGCAGGCGAGGAUGUUUGGCGACAGUGUUGGGAACCUGUAUGACCACCAUGCUGCUUGCCAGACUGUUACAGUGCUUCGCAUGGACGCCACCAGAGAAUGCCAAGACUGUCAACCUUGCCGAAGCUGAGGAUCAUCUUUCACUAGCCACACCACUCAUGGCAUUGCCUAGGAUGCGCUUAGCACCCCAUCUGUAUCCUGGAAAUUAACGGAGAACUCUUGAUUCGUAUCUUAAUUAUCUCUUAUCUUCACUUGUAUAACAUUUCCGUAAUUAAAAUCAUAUAUAUAUAUGGUGACCACUUUGGUGCACUCACAAAAAUGAGUGUGUUCAAUGCACCCAACUCAAAAACUAGUCUUAAGGUGUCAGAUUUUGAAUUUUAAUUUGUAGAAUUAGUGUAAUAUGAUGAUAUAACAUAUGCUAACAACUAAUUAGCGAAUUAUCCUAAGCCCUAGACCUCCAAUUUUGAGUUCUAUCCCUAAACCCCAAAUUGUAAACCCGAACCCUAACCCUAAAUCUCUUAACUCUAAAUCCUUCAAAUUAAAGUAAAUCUUUAAUG